CUGUCUGUCUGUUGCUGUCUGGACUUUUAGAAGUCAGGUUGUGUGUCUGCUGAAGACCGACACGCCGAGACUUCAUAGCUGUCUCAUGCCUGCAUCUGUGUUUGUUCUAUGUGCCGGGCACUGGCUUAACAUAUGUUUGUUAUGGCUUGUCUUUAUCACUGUCACACAAACCCACACACACACACACACACACUUUGAGGCAGCAGAGCACAUUCCAGACUGAAAACGGAAGGUCACACAAUAGUCCUUAGUUCCUGAGCCUAGCUCUCGUUGCAGUAAGAUUUCUCUGUACGUGUGUGUGUAUGUGUGAAGGUGUGUGUGUGUGUGGCUGUGUGUACAGAGACCAGUGGUUGUUCCAGGAAGCAGUGAGGUGGAUCAAUAGUUCGCCCACUCAACCUCCAUUCCCCAUGUCUGACUCAAGGCUGAGCAUGGAAGGGCAGAAUCGGACUAGAGAUUGGUUAACUAGCAACACGUGAAAACACCCAUUUUGCAGCUCGCUCUCCCCCUCGCUCCUCGUUUGUCAGCGUCAGCCCCAAAAGAUCAGCGUGAUUGUGCGUGUGUGUGUGUGAACGCGUGUGCGCGUGUGCUCAGUAAGGUGAACUCCCCCGCCUGCUGCAUGUAAAUUCAGUGUGACAUGUGAAGCUGCCACGACCUUAUAUGGUGUGCCCUGUAUUUCAGUACAGUAGGAGCUGCCAAACAUUCCGGGUCGCAGGAGGAGAGAGUGUGUGAGAGGGUGUCUCUGUCUGCCCUGUGUGUGUGUGAGUGUCACUGAGAGAGUAAGGGAGAAGAAGAGAGGGACGAAGAGCAAGAAAGAGAGACAUUCACAGUGAAUGGAGGAUUUUUACUUGACGAUAGACCCAUUUUAAAAAGUGCCUUCCCUGACGUCCGCUGCAGCUUCAACCCGCUUAUCGAGCCUAAACUCUGCUCCUUGCUCCAGCCCGCCACAUCGCGCUUGCUGCCGCGGCAACCAUCACGGCAAGAGACAUACGCCUGACCGUCCCCGCGUACGUCUGCAGCCAGACCUGCCGUCCCCUAUCGUCCUCCAGCCUCACCACCACCGCCUCCAGGAAGCCAGUGUCCAGCCUCAGCUGCCCCGCCGAUCAACAGCCUCGUCCGGCUACGCAGCACCUCGCCUCUCCCCUCGCCCUCCGGACCUCCAGACCUCCGGACCUUGAGCAUCCACUCCCCCCUGAACCUCCCCCUGCAUCCCUCAGCGCUGGUCGACCUCAGCCCCUAUCUGAUCCAGUUUCUCCGUUCACGAGGGUCGGCUCUGGCUCGGGACGCGUCCUGCUGGCAAAGACCUGGCCUUGCCGUCUGUGUGAGAGCGAGCUGUGUAGAUGGACCCUGGUGCCGUUUGAUUCUCACUGCGCCGUGACCGCUGGAGCCGUGGACAUAGGAGGAACAUGUCCCAGUGACACACACACUGACUCACACACACACACUGACUCACACACACACACUGCAGAAUAGCCUCCCCUUCCCUGUUACCUGGAUAUUCUCCCCGAGAGUUUUAUCGUCGAGCAUAACACACAGAAGGAGUGAGCUCGAACUGUAGCGUAUGGUGGACCACCCCUUCUCCGCACACACACAAUCUAUCACAUCCCACAUCGCCCCGGAUUAUUGUCCGGCCGCCAUGGCGUUGAACAUGGCCCACAUGCGGGACACCAAGUGGCUCACGUUGGAGGUGUGCCGGGAGUUCCAGAGGGGCACGUGCUCGCGCACCGACCAGGAGUGUAAGUUCGCCCACCCAGCCAAGAGCUGCCAGGUGGAGAACGGACGUGUCAUCGCCUGCUUUGACUCCCUCAAGGGUCGCUGCUCCAGGGAGAACUGUAAGUACCUUCACCCCCCGCCCCACCUAAAGACCCAGCUGGAGAUCAACGGCAGGAACAACCUGAUCCAGCAGAAGAACAUGGUCAUGUUGGCCCAGCAGAUGCAGCUGGCCAACGUCAUGAUGCCUGGGACCCAGUUACCGCCCAUGCCCAUGUUCUCCGUCGCCCCCGGCCUGGCCACCAAUCCCAACGCGGCGGCAGCCUUCAACCCCUACCUGGGCCCCAUGUCCCCCGGGCUGAUGACCCAGGAGAUCAUGCCCAGCGGCCAGGUCCUCAUGACCAGCAACCCCUCCCUCAGCCAGGGCCCCAACGCUGCGGCCGCCGCCCAGAAACUACUGAGGACGGACAGACUGGAGGUAUGCCGUGAGUACCAACGCGGCAACUGUUCCCGGGGGGAGAACGACUGUCGCUUCGCCCAUCCGGCCGACAGCACCAUGAUCGACACCAACGACAACACGGUGACCGUGUGCAUGGACUACAUCAAGGGCCGCUGCUCCAGAGAGAAGUGCAAGUACUUCCACCCUCCGGCCCACCUGCAGGCCAAGAUCAAGGCCGCCCAACACCAGGUGAACCAGGCCACGGCCGCCGCCGCCAUGACUCAGUCGGCUGUCAAAUCACUGAAGCGACCCCUCGACGCAGCCUAUGACCUGGGCAUCCCCCAUAGUGUCAUGGCGGCACCCCUGCCCAAGCGGGCCGCCAUGGAGAAGGCCAACGGGGCAUCGGCCGCCAUGUUUAACACUGGCAUGCUCCAGUACCAACAGGCCCUGGCCAACAUGCAGUUCCAGCAGCAGGCUGCUUUCCUGCCCUCAGGCUCAAUAUUGUGCAUGACACCUACAGCGAGCAUUGUUCCCAUGAUGCACGGGGCUACGCCGGCCAAUGUGUCCGCCGCCACCACAUCUGCCACAAGCGUUCCCUUCGCAACCGCCACCAAUCAGGACUCUUCCUUAUCAAAGUUGACUACCAACGAAUACAUGCAAUUGAUUCCAAUAAUUUCUGCCGAUCAUCUGAGUAACCACAAGUACCUGACACAAAUGUAGUUCCUGUUGAGAACAAUCAAAUGAAUGUGUGCUGGCGCCGUCCAAGCCAAAAGAGUUCAGCCUUUAUGUACAUAAUAACGCUGGGAAUGUCAAAGCGACGGAGACAGAAAAAAAAGAAAAAGAUGCCGUCUCUUAGCUGGUCUGGAACGAUGUUCUCAUUGUCACAAAAAUGUCUCCAACCCAGACGUGACACAGGGUCAAUGUCAGUCACUCUCGCUCGUUAAUCAACCUCCAGACACAUGCAGCCACAGUCCUGGCCAGAGAAGAUGCCUCAUCUCUGGGUACCAGGAUAUUUCUCACCCCCUCCCCCCAAGGGGUGCCAGCUAUCGACGCCUUUGUGUCUAACAGAACCAUAGUUUUUUUUUUUUUUUACACAGACAGGAGGUUGAGUCAGUUGAAUUGUUUUAUCUAUCUUAGAACACCGUGCUGGUACGUUGGCAGACCAAGAUGAAUAUAUUUUUCGUUUUUUUAUGUGCUUUGCUUUGAUUAAAAAAACAUGCAGACUUGUUUCAUGGUCUACAAAAGAAUUGCUAAAGUGCACCUUGAAUAUGAAUUUAAAUCUGAAAUAUGGCACAACAAAUAUAAUUUUAAUAAGGAACAUUAUUAUGGACAAAACAUUGGAGCAUGUAGAGUAUUUUGAUUUGUUUAAAGAUUCUAGUUAAACUAGGUGUAAAUGAAAUGAGGGUCGAGGCCGUAUGAAUGUUUUGGGUAAGACAACACACUUGUGUACCUUUGAAGCACAGCCAGGUUAGCUUUAUCCAUCAUGCUGUGUGCAAAGAAAGGCUAUCCACCCCAAAUCAGAGUGUUAUUUCACCAGUGUUAUUCUGUUUACCGAAGGUAUCUAUGUUUUGUAUGGCUCUAUUUUUCUCUUUUUUUUUUACCAUUAUAUCUUCAUAAUGAGUGUGUGUUUUUUAUUUUAUUUUACAUUGUACCAUUGCAGCAUUUUUUAAGGGGUAUGAACAGAGGAGUUAGGGAUCUCUUUGUUGUGGAUUUUUCUCUCUAAGGAAAGAGAACGAAAACAUAUGUGCCUUUUUCUUAUUACCGGUGUUUAUUUGGCUUUUCUUCUUUGUUUUUUUCUUUUGCAUCAGUGUUGGAUUUUUCUAAUAGGGUGAGCACGUUUCCUCAUUGGUGGGAGCUGGAAGUCUGUUGACUGAAAAGCCGGUAAAGGGAUGUGGGAGGAAGGUGGAGCUUGACUCCCUGCCCCCCUCCUAUCCUCCACCACAAAAAGGUGGAGGGACAUUAAAACUGUGUGUACAAGAAGCACUGUCAUUUUAAAAAUAGGGGCAAUUACAUCAUUUAGGUCAUCAAACCAUGGACUUGAAUUAGUAGUUUCAUCAUUGUAACAUCAUAGUGCUUUGAAAAUUUCACAUUCAUUUUGGUGUCAAAUAUUUGAUGAAAAAAAGGAUAUUUCACAGAAGAGGACAAAUACAUUUUUGGACAUGAUCAUAGAUACCAAAGCCAAGUUCAUUCACAGAUGAUGUCCCUUUGCCAUGUUUUGCCAGAGGUGUACAUUGUGUCAAUAUUGAUUGUAAUGUACCUUUAACAAAGCCUUAGAUUAUGGUACCAGUGUCCUAACAUUUUAUCAUACCUGUCAGAUUGUCCUACCAAGGCUCAUCGUUCAUUCGCACACCAAGGUUAAAGUUAGGGUGAGGGUUAACUUUAUGGUUUUGAGCUACAGUAGGACAAUUUGCAGAACCCAAUCCAAUCAUAUGUACUUUUAAUCACCACACAAGCAAUGAACACCAAUGACACAGUAUAUAGUUUAUAGUUCUUACAUACAAUAUACAGCUUCUAAUGUUUGUUACUUGCUCUAUCUUUAACAAUACUCUCUUAACUUUCCUGUUAUGUAUUACUUAAGGAUUUGAAUCUAUUUGAGGUAUGUAGUUGUAGAUGUUUCUUUGCCUUACUAUAUAUUACUUGACAACAUUGAUUGCCGUUAUAGAUUUUGAGGUAGUAUGACAUUCAUAACUUUUUUCAAACCAUAUAAAUGAUUAUGUGUUGACUCAGUUUAAAGUAUUCACUUAGUACAUGUUGCUGAGUGUCUGUUUUGAUUCAAAGAGUUUUGUUUUUAAUUAAUUUUGUUGAUCAAAGACUUUUGAUAUUGAUGCAAGGAAUGAGUUUUCAGCAAUUGCAGAAGCUCUGGAUAAAAAACUAAUAUUUUAACCAACUUAAGUAUUCCUUGUAACAUGUCGAGAUCAUGUUUGAAAAUAUAUUGUCUUGAAAUAUAGAAUGUUCAUGUUAGUGUGAAAAUUAUUUUCUACUGUAUCCAUUUCAAUAUUUACUAUUGUUUGAAUUUUUCUUAAGUUUGCCCUGAGUGUCAGGCCAAAAUGAACAGUGAGAUUGACGGGUUUCUGGAAGUUUGGUGAAGAGUGAUAUUAAAAGUGAGAACGGUGACUUUACUAUUUAUAAAGUCAGAAAUGCUGCAGAUGGAUGAAUUCUAACCUUAAGGGACGAAGGUCGACUUUUUGCACUUCUGUAUAUAGUCAAAUGAACAGAGAAAAAACAUGUAUCAUAUUGAGAUAUUAUUUUGAAUAAAAAAUCUAUAAUUAUAAGGAAUUUUGCUAGAUUAAUUUAAAAUUCUAAAAUUAGACCAGCUAAACAAAAUCGCUUGCAAAAAGGGCACUACUUUCUUGGCCGAUGCAUUUCGAAAAAAGCUAUGCGCUUUCCGGCUUCUUUGGUCAGUGGCAGGUACUAUGCCAAAAAAAUGUGGAAGGGGAACUUGUAUCCCCAAUUCACCUUCCCUCCAACUCCCCCUGUAAGAUGACAUCACAGAUGCUGUCCGUUUGUCUAUAGCAAAGCUGGGCAAUCAGCUCCUGUUUCGUCCUGGUACAGUCAAUACAAGAGUAUAUUCUAUCCAAAACUGUAUUCUAUGAUUUUAUCCUAAACUGUAUUCUGUUUCAGUUUGAUUUGACUGCAUGUGAAAGAACAAAAAUGUAAAACAAGAUCACAACAUAAAUAAGUACAUAUGGGACUUUUAAUGGAAAUACAUAUUUACAGUUGAUUGAUUCACAUUUGGAAGGAGGAGGAGAUGAAACUUCCGACAGUCAUCACCAGUUGUAUGAUAACAUACUAUACAGAAAAGCUCAGUAAUAUAUCUCAAAUAAUAACAUAUUAGCAGCAACCCAGCCCAGGGUUUUUCUCUCACAGCCAUUAAGAUGACAGUCAACAUGCAGGCUCACAGCACACUGUUGUCAUGCUAUUAGAAGUAUGUGUACUCAGCAGGUGAAGGCUCACUACACCAAAUACUGAUUUGUCUUUUUAAGUGAAUGUAAUCGUCUUCAGUCAAGGUCAAUAUAUUUCUGACUUGAGGUCGCUGUAUAAGUGCUACAGAACCAAAGCGCCACUUUCUCCAAACCAACCAGUGCUUCUUGGUUGGGCAGAUGCCUGCCCGCUCACAGCUUAACCAAGGGCUUUCUUCCCUGCUGAGGGCACAUACGCUUUGACUGCUUUUUACCUGUAAGUGCAACACUUAAAUUUUUGCUAAGAAAUGCUACACAAUAAUGUACUACUCUGUCUUCAGAUAUGUUUUAUGUACAUUUUCAUGUUGCCAUAAUUGACUCUUGCUGUUAUGAAUUAAAAAAAAACAAUAAAACAAAAA